AUGAAAAAUAAUUAACAUACACGCUUAACUCGUUCAAAUGUUUCUUUUAAAUUCGUUCUUUUAAAAACAAGAAAACACCAACCCUGCUUUUAGCACUUCUGCUGACAUACGUCACGAUGCCUGUGUCGUAAAUAAUUCCCUAAUCUGACUCACAUUUCUUUUGUUGUCAUUUGCCAGAAUAUUAAACAGAAAAAGAUGCUCGGAAUUCACCGGGCAGAGCCUAUGCUCUGCCCAGUGAAUUCUGUGUUGGUUGGAUGUGUUGGUACUAUUACCAACACAUCUGUUCUGGCCGAAGUAAAGAUAAAAAUGAGAUUAUCCACCACUUGUCUACGGCGAAGUUACGAAAUCUUUGGACACAUCGCUAGAAAAGAAGGCGAUAAUCUCGAAAAAACUUUUAUGACGAGGAGAAAAGAUGGACAAAGACCACGAGGAAGAAGUCCUCUACGUUGGUCAGAUCAAAAUCCGCACGACACUUAA